CGAGAAAAGCGAGCGCGCGCGCGCUCUCGACUGCCCCUGGGUCGUUGCGGUUGCUUAGUUGCGCGGUGUUUAACUACUGUAGCAGGUCACUUGAAACACAAAAACAAACCAACGAGGAACACGUGUUUACUUCAAGAGGGUCGUCGGCCUUUGUCAUGUAUAUUAUGUUGUGAAUAGACCAUCUGGAGUGCCAGCUAAUCUCACAGAGGAACUGGAGUAAUUGCAGUUAACUUAAUGAGGACUUUUUUCUGCGUGAUAUAGCUUUUUAGACAGAUGUAAAUUUACGACAUGCAGUUAGGAAUUCUCGCGUCGUCAUGGUAACCAUCCGAAGUUAAACUAAAAUAAAGUCACUCAGAAGUCGUGUGCUGUGUAAAUAAACGUUUAUAAAGUCAUGAUAUUAACUCAAUAAGAAGAAUAGAACAGUAAUGUGGGGAAGGGAUAUUGCUUGCAAAAGAAAUGGACAUGGAAUCCAGGAAUGGACCGAUGGAUGUAAAUAUGAGGGGGAGUUCGUAAAUAACCUGAAGCAUGGCACUGGUGUCUUCACAUGGGCAAAUGGAGAGUUUUAUAAAGGUUCAUUUUUUAAGGAUUAUCGGCAUGGCAAAGGCAUGUAUUCCUGGCCGAAUGGAUCCAAAUACACAGGAAACUUUUAUCUGAACCGAAAAGAAGGAUAUGGGGUGCAAGUUUUCCCAGACAGAUCAACCUUUGAGGGUCUGUAUCAUGCUGAUGAACGCUUUGGCCCUGGAAUCAUGACAUACCUUGAUGGGCGACAGGAUGUGGGCCUUUGGCACAGAGAGGUGUUACUGCGAAUAUGCACCACACUGGAGGAUGGCUUCAGUCUGGAGGACUUCCCAGAACACAUGACCAGACUGCCUAAAAAACACCUGAAACAACAUCACCUUGCUCCCAAUGUGGAGUGGAGUACAGAUGGCGGCCCCCUCGAGUCCGAUCAGGGGUUAUCAGAGGACGAGGAACGUUUCAUCCUGCCUCCAGACACUGAGAGCUACUCCACAGACUCAGACCAUCUGCCUAUUCCCAGGUGUCUACGCCGGGACCUGGACCUUCACUUUUUUGGGAGGAGUGACAUCAGCACAGAGCAGCGAUCACCAUUGACAGCCUUGACGCUACAGCAGCGCAUGAAUGCACACAUUCAGAGACACAGAUUUGAGACAGAAACAUUAGACUGGGAUGUAACUGCAGUUCUGAAUAUGAACAGGACUCAGUUUGGACCCAAAGGUCCCCUGGAACUGAACUCAGAGAAACUGAUCAAGGAAGCUUCACAUGGUGAAUGCAGGAAUGUUUAUCGAAUCCUCAGAGAUGGAAAAGUCCAUCCCGACGUGAGUGACGCACAGGGACAUACAGCUCUCAUAGCAGCCACGGUGCAUUGUCAUGACGAUGUCAUCCACAUGCUGUUGGACAGCGGGGCCGAUGUUAAUAAGCUAAAUGAUGAAGGCAUGUCUGCUCUGGCUGUCUGUAAUGUCCUCUACUACCCACUUCAGUCUUUACAUGAGACACUGGCUGAGAAAGUGACCCAGAAUAUCAGCCCAGAGCCACAGAUCAAGCCUUUGGAAGAUGUCUCCCAUAAAUCCUCUCCAGAUCCAAUGACAGGAACACCCAAAGAUGAAAGCGGCCAAGAGACAUUUGAGACACCAAGACAGACCAACCAGGUUGACCAAAGUCUUGAACCAGAGAACCUCAAUAACUUGGAGAAACUCGAAGCUCAAGAGCAAUUCAUUGAGGUCAUAAAUGAAGAUCAACCUGACCAACCAGAAGGCCUCAACAACUCUGAGGAACCUCAAGUUCAUUAUCAAAUCAAUGAAAAUACGGACCCAAACAAGAAGAUAGUUCUUCACCCUGAACAUGAACAAGAUAGACCAUCAGUAGAACCACAUGAUAUAAUUUCAAGAUCUAUUCAAGUCUUUGAUGGUACAAUUGCAGUGGGUUCUGUGUUGUGGCAAGAGAGGAAAACAAAGAGUGUUGUUGACUCUGAAGAAGAGGUGACAAAUCUGGAGUUUGAAGAAAAACUAGAGAGGAGCAUCAGAUCCGAUGACCUUUCCUUUGAUUCUGCAUGUUCUCUGGCUAGUUUUCACAUUGACGUCACAGAGGAGAUCCUGCAAAAGAGUGCUGAGAUCCUGUGUCAGACAGGAACAGUGACUCCGACAGACACCCAAGAGACGGUCCGGAAAAUUGCGCUUCUUAAAACAGAACAUCGGAAUCGAUGGAUUACAAUUAAUCUACUGUUAGAGAGAGGAGCAGACCCAAAUGCCUCUACUGUCCCCAUGCCCGUCAUCUUCCUGGCUAUCAAAGCUGCCCAUGUCAAGGGCGUCCGUCGUCUACUGGAGUGCGGGGCUCGUACAGACAUACCUCUACUUCCAGAGCAAAGGGGUCUGUACCCCCUUCACAUAGCAGCGGGUUUGCCUGGAGCAGAGGGUCCUGAAAUCACACAGCUCCUCUUGCACGCCCUAGCGGACCCUGACGUCAAAGCUCAGGAUGCCAAUGAAGUCUACGAGUUUGAUAAGAACACGUUUGAGCACCAGGCCUUUGAGAAUCAGCAUUUCAUGGCCUCUAGACCCCUGGCUAAGUUUAAUGAAGCCCCCAUCGAGUUUCCUCAAGAAGGUGGGAGGACACCACUACAUGUGGCCUGCCAAAGAGACAGUGAUUAUGCAAAUGCUAGAGAUGUGGUUGCGCUUCUCCUUUCUCACAAAGCAAGCCCCAAUGAUGUGUGGAGUGGCCAUUCACCCCUGUCUCUGGCUAUUGCAAGUGGCAACGACCUUGCUGUGGAUGAACUGCUGGCCGGAGGGGCUGAUCCUAAUCUUCCUCUCACCCGUCAUGUGGGCAGCGCCCUCUGUGCCCUUGCCAACAUCAACUACAACCAUGGGCCACAUCCACGCAACCAAGUCAAGCUGCUGGAAAAGUUGAUCAAAUCCGGCGCUGACAUCCUCAUGCCUGUCGUGGUGGGCGAGGGAAGCAGGUGUGCUGUGGGAACAGUCGUGGAUUAUGCGCACUGCGCAUUCCAACAGAACCAGCGCAUGGCCCACACCCCUUAUCAUGCCCUCAACAAGUGUGAGAGACAAGCCUAUAAUGCCCGCCGGCAGUUGCUAGGCCUCAUGGGAGAUCUGCUGAGACAGGCAGCGAUCAGAAUGGAAACAUGCCGCAUGGAAAAGGAAAGGAGCCAAGGCGUACUCAGUGCCAGUCCCUCAGAGAAGUUUGUGUAUACUGGAGCAGGGGCAACACCGAGUCUCCUGAGCUCUCCUGAACAGAACAGCAAGACUUCCUUUAACAAAUGCAUCGGUCAGAGAGUGCAGAGAAAGCCUCGCUUCAAAUAUUGCUACCAGUGCGGCCGAUCGGUGGGUGUGCAGCUUAUGCCCUGUAGCCGCUGUCAUGAGGUCUUUUACUGUAGCAAGACCUGCAAAACAAAUGCAUGGGAUGAACGCCACAGAGACGAGUGUGUCCGUUUGCCAGUUGUCAGUGGAAAAAGCAGCAGAGAUAAACGCGCAUCCGUCGGACCACGUUCACCUGUGUCGACCAAAGAAGCAAAAGACAAGACCUUCCAUCUGAGCGUGACCCCAGAAAUACAAGAGUAUGACCUGAAUGAAAAUUACAGUUUUAUUUAAAAUGCAUUUAAUAGGCCAAUUGAACAUUAGUUAUGUAAGUUUUCUUUUUUAAAUCAUAAGUCAAGGUCUAUUAAUAAAAAUUCUUUGAAAAGACAGUCAACAUCCAUUUUGUUUGAACAACUGUGCAUGUUUAUUACGUAAAACAGACCAAAUUUACAAAUUCAAACCUCAAAUAAAACGCUAGUCCUGAAA